CUUCAUCAACAAGAAGACUGGUUUAAUUUGACGAGAGAUCCCUCAAUCUCGACUACUAGUACUCAGUAGUAGUAUUUCGAUUCCACGAUGACAGCUGAAAUCUGCUGUGAUUGGCCAUCUUUAGUGGCGGCACCAGCACUGCCUUCCUUCCUCCAUCACCACAGCCUUGCGUGUCUUCCUGGCUCACCAUCUUCAUCCAUCCUUCUCUAAACCCACCACAGCCUGUUCAUCCCUGCUGAAGUGGUCUAUGUAUCGUCACUCUUCUCGCAGCUCGGGUCCAUGAUGGCGACCGCUCUCACCAAAGCUGCGAGACUGAAACCCGAAGUUCGUCUGGGACAGGCUAUCUCCGAAUUUCAAGCCGACUGCUCAUCACGGGAGAAGGCCACCCUGCGAUCAUACCAGGCAGCUGGAAUUCCACCAAGUAUCCGUGAUGUGAUGCAGUUGACUGCGGAGAUUAAUCGAUCGGCUGGCCUUCAAGGACGAUGUUUCGGGUCGCGGCUAACAAACAUUCUUCAGGCGGUGCAGGAGUUUGCUGCACUUGGGGACAUCGUCCUGGGCGCCUCGCAGAGCCUCCUGGCCUGUGGCAUCUGGGCUUUGUCCAUCGUCAAGUACUCGACCUAUUUUGAACAGCUAUCCGACAUGCUCAUGGCCGUGGGCCGCUCUGCACCUCGUUACCAACUGAUGGGUGCUGUCUAUCCCAAAUCCCAACGGCUUGGAACAUCAAUGCUGGAAUACUUCAUCACCGUUGUGCAGCUAUGUCAUCAUGUCAUGAAGCUGAGCCGGAAGACAGCCUUCGGCCAGUGGGCUUCUACUUUGACGGCUUCUCUGAAAGGCUACCAAUCCGACCUUGAACUCUGGGCCACCGCCAUCAAAGAAGAAGUGAACUUACUUAUGGUACAGCAAUUAUCCCUAGAAGCUGAGGAUAAUUCAUGGUUCAGGUCUCAGAUCACUAAACGCUUCGAAUCUCAAUCGUACGCAAGAAAGCUGAGGGUGCGCCAGCGGGUAAUGGAUGCUUGUUCUACGUAUGACUAUGAACAGGACUGGAAGCGGAUCCGCAAGCUUGGUACUACGACUAUUCUGGAGACCUCGGCUGUGUACAAGCACUGCAAAGCCCCACAAGAUCCACAAGGGCUACGAUCGCGUACACUCGUGUGCAUAGGCAAGCUAGGAUCGGGAAAGUCCGUCGUUCUGGCGAAUAUGGUGGAUGACCUCAAUUUGGAUGUACGAAGGAAGGCAGUAGUGGCGUACUUUUUCUGCCAGCAUGAUUCGACGCAAAGUCUGGCUCCCAAAACAGUAAUAGGGUCCUUAGCGCGACAACUGUUGCAAUCGGCAAAUGACUUCGAUGCUGCACGCGAUUUUCUCAGAGACAAGCGUUCUCUUGAGGUUGACGAUAUUGUGACUUUGCUAAAGCAUCUACUGCCGACGCAGUUCGAGGCCUUUUUCGUCCUUGAUGGCUUGAUGCACUGCGAUGCGGAAGCGCGACAAGUCAUUCUGACAUCUUUACUGGAGAUCCAGGAAUUUAUCAAGCUGUCACUGUGUGUGUCUGUUAGGCCAGAGCCCGCUGGCUCUUUACAGGAACUAAAUCAGCUUCCGAACCGGCAGUUUCUCUCCGUGGAAGAUAACAAAUCCGACAUCGACGCUUUCAUUAACACCGAGUUGGAGAGAUGUCUUAAAGCCGAAAAGCUUGUAAUAAACGACCCUGCCCUUAUUCUCGAGAUCCGGGAUAGCCUUUCUCAAGGAGCCCAGGGAAUGUUUCUGUGGGCGUCUCUGCAGAUAGAAGCCCUGUGUCUGGAGAGAACAGACGCUGAUGUGCGAGAUGCCAUUGCAAAUCUGCCUAAAGAUCUGUCGGCAUUAUACACCACGAUAUUGAGAAAAUCAAGCGUCUCCGGUGCCACGUAUCAAUCCAAGAUUCUGGAUUUGGUUGCGAUCGCAUGCAGGCCACUGACCACAGAGGAAAUGACAGAAGCCCUUGGUGUCAUUCCUUGGAAGACAUCUUGGGACCCCGCGAGGAGAUUGAAUGACAUGCAUGCAACAUUAAGCUGCUGUGGGAGCCUGCUUACUGUGGAUGAAGAAAGUUCGAGUAUUCGAGUAGUGCAUCAUAGUGUGAAAACAUAUUUAUUCGACCAAACCGGAGGAGGUCUUGAUGCGAAUCGUGCAAAUCAAACCAUGGCAGAGAUUAUCGUCACCUACCUGAAUUAUGAUGUGUUCUCUAGGCACUCCAGCUCGGUGACAGCAGCGGUGAGCUUUGCAUUGAAGCUGCUGAGAUUGAGGAAGAGCAAUGAUAAGGAUGUUGGAUAUAGUCUAAUGCAAUACCUGAAAGCCUCCAGGGCAACUGACAUGGAAUGGUGGCAGGAGCAUAUUUGGUGUCUUGACCCCGAUACGCCAAAUCUACACAAGCUACUGAUAAACCUAUUGGAGGCGCAUGGCUAUGACAAACCGGACUCAUUUGGCCAGACGCCCCUAUCCCAUGCCUGCCAGUGGGGCAGUCUGGGUCUUGUUGACUGGCUCCUCGUCCAUGGUGCUCUCCAUACUGACGAUCUUUCCGGACAUUCCCCGCUCUUCUGGGCCAUCAAUGGGAGACAUAUCGCUGUUGUUGAGUCCCUGUUGCAGAGUGCUGUUUCACCUCUCACAUCUGCAAUACUCAUGAGAGAUGUCGAAAUGACCAAAUGCUUUCUUGGCUGUGACCGGGUAGAUCGGAACCAAAGGGAUCCCGACGGCUAUACCCCCCUAAUAGCCGCUACGCUCCUCAAUUUUGUGCAAGCGAUCCCAAUGUUUCUGUCGGGCCCGCACACCGAUAUCUUUGCCGUGGCUCCAUCUGGAGACUCGGCCUUUCAUAUUGCUGCCGCUAAUCAGAGCCAUACGAAGGUUUUCAAUCUUCUUUUCGAACAAGCGCGGCUAGAGGAGAAGGGCUCUCAAUCAGUGUUGACCGCCAACACAAAAGGAAAGACGCCAUUAUGGCUAGCAGCCGCAAAUGGGAACCUCGAAGUUAUUCAGUCAGUUUGCCAGUACCAGAACAUUAACCUGGACGUGCCCAAUCCUCGCUACAUAGGAAUCGUCAUUUGCCUUGCGAACACGAGUCGUGUGGAUAUAAACCAUCUAGACAAAGCUGGCCUUUCUGCACUAUGGGCAGCGGUGUUCAACGACCACGAAGACGUAGUUCAAGCCAUGAUUACUAUGAAGGGUCUCGACCCGGACCGCAGCGGAGUUGGAGCGGGCACCCCGCUGGAAACAGCCAUCCUUAUGGGCAAGGUUAACAUCAAUCGGCAAGCCCAGGAUGACAUGACGCCCUUGCAGCUAGCAGCCCACGAAGGAUGCGAGGAGAUUGUGGCAAUGCUCGUCUCUAACCGUCGGAUAAUCCAUAAUCGGAGGGGACAUCACGGCGUAACACCACUGUGGACAGCUGCGAGCCGUGGCCACAGAAUCGAUCUGAACUUCCCACGCAUGCAUGGCGAUACAGCGCUUGGGAUAGCGGCAUUUAAGGGACACGUGGAAGUAGUCCAGAUCCUGAUCUCCACCGGCCAAGUCGAUCUCAACCGCAAGGAUCAGAACGGCACAACGCCACUGUGGGCCGCUGCGGAUAAUGGUCAUACUAAGAUUGUUAACAUCCUUGCAAGCACUGAUGGGGUCGAUGUGGAAUGCCCCAACGCGACAGGUACUACGCCGCUCUGGAGAGCUGCAUCGAAAGGCUACUAUCACAUUGUCCAGGCUCUGGUAAAUACUGGCCGAGUGGAUAUCAAUAGUGUGGAUGUUGAUGGUACAGCACCCCUAUUCUCGAUCGACAUCGGCGUGGAUUUGAAUGGCACAUCCCCUGUAUACAAUUCUCACACAGAGCAGACACCUCUGUGGAUUGCCUCCUCUUGCCCUGGCAUCCAGCUCAACCAGCGCGAUAGAGAGGGGUAUACUCCGCUAGGGAUUGCGGCGAAGAUGGGCCAUGCGAGCAUUGUGGCCAUUUUGGCCAGUAUUCCAGGGGUGGAACUGUUUCAAAUUGCACGGCAGGCCGGCCAUGAAGCUGUGGUCAAUGUGCUCAAGUCACUAGAUCACACAUAA